GGGGCUUCCUGCGGGCCCUGGGGGCGCCGGCGGCCGGGCAGGGGCGAGGGGCGCCGGGAUCCAAGCUUCCCACCAGAGGAACCCAGGAUGGAGAGAGGGGCAGAGCCAUGGAGUUGGGGACUGGAGACCUCUAGUGCCGGGUCCCCUGACUUCCUUCCAGAUCCUGCCGCGGAGGCAGCCGGCGCUUCCACACGUGGGAUGCGGCGCUCGGUCCUGGUCAGAAACCCGGGCCACAAAGGCCCGAAACCAACUUACGAAGAGCUUGACUCCGGCUCCGAAGACCUGGACCCCAACCCGGAGGAGCUGGAUCCAGUUUCUGAAGACGCAGAGCCUGACCAGGAAGACCUCAACACUGUCUCCGAAGACGUGGACCCCAGCUAUGAAGUCCUGGAGCCCGUCUCCGAGGAUCUGGACCCCGACGCCGGAGCUCCGAGCUCCCUCUCGGGGCCGCGAGACUCGGAUCCCCAAGAUCUGGACGCCGUGUCUUCGAGUUUCGACCUCGAUCCAGACGUCAUCGGCCCCGUCCCCCUAGUUCUCGACCCUAACAGCGACACCCUCAGCCCCGCUGCCGCCCCAGACCUGGACCCCCUCUCCUCCGGCCUCACUGCCGCCCCCGAGGUCCUGGCCGCCAGCCCCGCGGUGCUGCCUGCACCCGCCAGCCCGCCCCGGCCCUUCUCCUGCCCCGAUUGCGGGCGAGCCUUCCGCCGCAGCUCGGGGCUGAGCCAGCACCGCCGCACCCACAGCGGCGAGAAGCCCUACCGCUGCCCCGACUGCGGCAAGUCGUUCAGCCACGGCGCCACGCUGGCCCAGCACCGCGGCAUCCACACGGGCGCGCGGCCCUACCAGUGCGCCGCGUGCGGCAAGGCCUUCGGCUGGCGCUCCACGCUGCUGAAACACCGCAGCAGCCACAGCGGCGAGAAGCCGCACCACUGCCCCGUGUGCGGCAAGGCCUUCGGCCACGGCUCGCUGCUGGCCCAGCACCUGCGCACGCACGGCGGCCCGCGGCCGCACAAGUGCCCGGUGUGCGCCAAGGGCUUCGGGCAGGGCUCGGCGCUUCUCAAGCACCUGCGCACGCACACGGGCGAGCGGCCCUACCCGUGCCCGCAGUGCGGCAAGGCCUUCGGCCAGAGCUCGGCGCUGCUCCAGCACCAGCGCACGCACACGGCCGAGCGCCCCUACCGCUGCCCCCACUGCGGCAAGGCGUUCGGCCAGAGCUCCAACUUGCAGCACCACUUGCGCAUCCACACGGGCGAGCGGCCCUACGCCUGCCCCCACUGCUCCAAGGCCUUCGGGCAGAGCUCGGCGCUGCUCCAGCACCUGCACGUGCAUUCCGGGGAGCGCCCCUACCGCUGCCAGCUCUGCGGCAAGGCGUUCGGCCAGGCCUCCAGCCUCACCAAACACAAGAGGGUGCACGAGGGCGCAGCCGCCGCCGCCGCCGCCGCCGCCGCCGGCCUGGGCCUCAGCCCUGCUUCCGUGUUGAGGCCCGGGCAGGUCUCCCUCCUGGGUCCCGAGGCUGUCUCUGUGCUUGGCUCCGGCUCCGGCGCGGGCCCUGACCCUGGCUCUGCGCUGGGCUCCCUCCCCAAUCCCAGCCCCAAAGCCAUCCCUGGCUCCCGAUCUACCCCCACCCCUGAUCCUAGCGAAUCUUCUGACCCAAAGUCUGGUCGCGACGCCAAUCCUGACCUUGUGGCCAGCCCUGAUCACGGAUCCGGUCUCAGCCCCGACUCGGAUCCUGUGCCCAGCCCAGAGCCCAGCCCCGAGUCCCAUCCUGACCCCUGCUCUCCUACCCAUGACACUGUCAGGCACCCCCUCCCUGCUGGCGAGAGUCCCGGGUGGGUGCAGGAGCAAGGGGCACUGCUGGGGCCUGAUGGCUGAAGGGGACGCUGGCAGCCACUGGGGGCCGAGGAAAGUUGUGUGUCGUGCAGUUAGUAAAAUCCUCUCACUGC